AUGUGGAGAGAUCACAAGGAUUUGCUUUCAUUGAUCUCAAAAAGAGAUCAUAGGAAGGCUUUACGACUCGAUGGAAGUUACAUGGGAGGAAUGAAGCUUGAAGUUACAAUGGCUUUUGACAGGGAAGAAUUUAAUCCUUACGAGUGUCCAGAGUGUCGUCGAAAUUUGGUCAUUAAUGUGCGCAAAUGCAUUAACAAGAACUCUUAUAAAUAUGUCUGUGGUGGUAGACGUCGGUGUCUUCCACUUACGAGAUAG